CUGCCCGCCGCCCAGGCCCUCUCCGCCGCGCUGAUGGGCCUGCUGAUGGAUGUCCACGCGGCGGCGUUGUCCGACGCCCCUUCGACGGAGGCACCGGCAGAGACGCCUGCAGAGAGGUCGGAAGCGGUCUUCGCGGCAUCGGCAGCGGGGGCGGCAGAGCUGACGACGGCGGGGGCGGCUCUCGGCGCGCUGCAGUCGUUCGCCGCGAUCAUGGCGGCGUUGCAUGCGCUCUCGCUUGCCCUCGCAGGUCGCUUGCUGCUGCUCUGCGCGCGCUCGAGCAGCGAGGGCGUGGGAGGCCCUCUGCGGGCGCGACGCACCGAGCAGAGCGCCGGAGGCGCGUUGCGGCAGCAGGAGGAGGCGGCGGGGCGGGGCGAGACGGAGCUGACGGCAGCUGCGGAAGGCAGCGGCCCGAAGGCGCCCAGUCGAGGCGCGUCGUGCGCCCGCGCCGCGGCUGCCGUGCAGGCGGACGUGGUCACAGAGAGCGACGUCGCGACUGUCAGGACUUUGCGCGUCUGAUGACGUGUGUGGUUGUGGAAUGACAUGUCAGAAUGCCGUAUGUAGCGAGCGGCGGUCGCCCAGGGUCGGGUUGCCGUAGAUGGUAGUGCUCGACGACACAUGUCGAAGCAGUGGCUGAGAGCUGAGUACAGGUCUUCUAGGUACGACUGGCCUCACGACUGGAUGGCCGAAGCGGGGACUUGGUCUUCUAGGUAACCCUACACAACACAUACGGCUUUAUAGCCUACUGGGCUGGGUUU